AUGACGGGCGAUUCCGCCGACCAGAGCGACAGCUCCCUCACGCAGCUAGAUCCCAAACCCGAACCUGAGCCCAACCCGACCACCAGCGAGAGCUAUAGAGCUUCGAAAAUUGAAGAGACGGCUGCUUCCGCAGGAAAUAAUGGAGAGGGAGAGAAUCCAGAUUCGAAGAACAAAGGUGUAGGCGAGGAUACGAAUGGAGAGUCGGGGGCCGAGCCGAGCGGACAACGACGCCCAGCCGAGACGAGCAAACGUGCGGAACGCAAUGACUCGGCCGAGACGGAAGAGGAUGAAGAAGAGGAGGAUGAGGAUGAGGGUGAAGAUGAGGACGAGGACGAGGACGAUGAAGAUGAGGAGGAUGACGAACCUACCCUCAAAUACGCUCGAUUAACACAGCACCUGCGCCAAGUCUACCGCAAUGGCGAUGCUACUAGCUCAUUCUUAGUCGCAGGCGACAAGAUGAUUGUUGGAACACACAAUGGAAAUAUUAAUGUCAUACAAUUACCUCUCUUUCAAUCUCUUCGAGUCUACCACGCCCAUUCGGCUUCCGUUACGAGCAUAUCCAUCUCCCCAUAUCCACCUCCACUUCCUUCCGCGACCCCGGAAGCUCCCUCUUUAUUAAGAAGCCACACACUCUCAAUCUCAAGGCCCGAGUCUCGGUCCACGGAGGCGACGGUUGGUGCUGGUUCGUCUAGGCGGCCUCGCGAGGUACCGGCCGUGCCAAACACGCCGUCAAACAAUAUAUAUAUCGCGACGUCCUCGACAGACGGCAACGUCUGCAUCCAAUCUCUCAUUGAUAUGAAGGAUGUUCAGCUUAGGAGUUUCGCUCGCCCUGUCCAAACGGUGGCGCUCUCCCCCGAGUACAAAAGUGACAGGACGUACCUGUCAGGUGGUCUGGCUGGCAACCUUAUCCUUACUGUCGGCGGUCAGCCUGGUAGGAGUGUCUCAACAACGAUAGGAACCGCUGCGGCAACAGCGUCCGGGUGGCUGGGAAGCAUGGGUAUCGGUACCAACACUGGCAAGGAUACUAUCCUUCACUCUGGUGAAGGCACUAUCAGCACAAUCAAGUGGUCUUUAUCUGGAAAAUACGUCGUGUGGCUCAACGAGCAUGGCAUCAAGAUCAUGCGUACCAAGCUCAAGCUCGAGAGCAGCGACCAGGAGGAUGCGUGGAAGCGCAUUGGCCAUAUCGACCGGCCGCAGACAGAUGAGUGGGAAACGAUGGCCAGCGUGUGGAAAGGCCGUGCGGAGUGGAUUGACGAGCAGGCCCUUGAGUCUGACGAGUCGGAAACGCGCCCUGAAGACGCUGCCACAUCCCCUGCAGCCGAUCUACUUCGUCGCCAGGCGAAGGCGAGCACGCGGUCUAUCGAACGGUUACUCGUCGGCUGGGGUGGUACGAUUUGGAUUAUCCAUGUGCACCCAGGCGGGAUCGGUGUUGGAACAGAUGUCGGGGAGAGAAGUGUCGGGAGGGCCGAGAUUGCGAAAGUACUCCGCAUGGACUGUAUCAUCUCCGGCAUCUCUUUGUACACCGAAAACCUCUUGCUUGUACUGGCUUACUGCCAGCCUGAUGACGAAGACGAAGAGGAGGAGAGUAAUGACGGAUUGUCGCCCCAAAAGUCUCAGAAAGGUCAUCGAUCACAAUCCUCUACGUCUACCGUCAGUAGUGAGCCUCGGGGCGGUAUCCGCCGCCGACAGAACAACCUUCAACCCGAACUACGCUUGAUCGACCUCACUUCCCAAGCCGAGGUAGACAAAGACGGCCUCAGUGUCAGCCGCUACGAGCGGUUGUCGUCCGCCGAUUAUCACCUAGGCAUUCUUCCAGCACGUAAUGCUGCAUCGGCAGUAGUCUCCCAGCGGGGAGCUCUUGGCGCCAUUGCAGGAAUAGGCACGGAGAUGUGGAACGCCGCCAUUAACCCAAGGUCACUUUUUAGCUCUGGGGCAAGCAUCAUGAGUAGAGGCAGUGCUGAAGAUACAGCGUCUAGUCUUAGGAGCAGUGGCGGCAUGGGAGUGAUCGGGCUGCCAUCAGCUACAGUUCAUCCCAACCUCGUCAAACCAGGCGCCAAGAUCUUCAUCCACAGCCCUUACGAUUGCAUUUUGGCAACAAAGCGAGAUCUAGGCGACCACCUCAAUUGGCUCGUUGAGCACAAACAGUACAAGCAAGGGUGGGAGCUACUCGAUGAACACCCAGAGAUCCUUACGGGGCCGACUGAGAGGGCACCUGAAGCAUUGCCAUCCACGCCUAGCAAGGCCGAACCUGAAGAGAUCCACGACGACCGCUCUUCCAUCACGGAGCUGCCGGGACACGCCUUGUUUUCAUCAGCAGCGAAGGAGAAGAGGAGGAUUGGAGAGCUCUGGAUUCAAGAGCUUGUCGAAGCUGGCGACUGGGUAACAGCAGGACAGGUUUGCGGCAAGGUCCUCAACACACCUGACCGAUGGGAGAAAUGGGUUUGGACAUUUGCCGGCGCGAAGAAGUUUGACGAGAUCGUCAACUACAUUCCAACCGCACCCAUGACGCCGCCGGCGCCCAAGACCAUCUAUGAAGUUGUCCUUGGUCAUUACAUUCAGACGGAUAAGCUCCGAUUCCGGGAUCUUCUCGAAAGAUGGCCGACGGAACUCUUCGACGUUAACGCCAUCACGACGACGCUGGAGAACCAGCUCACCUACCGAGACGUGAGGGAAGACAGCGUCGAGGGCGGAGAAAAGGGACGCGACUGGCGGAUCGUUAUAGAAAGCCUAGCAAAGCUCCACGAGGCGAGCGGGCGAUACCGAGAAGCUCUCAAAUGUUACAUCCGGCUCCAGGACGCGGACUCUGCCUUUAGGUUAAUAAGAGACUUCCACUUGGCAGAUGCCGUGGCCGAUGACAUUCCCAAAUUCAUCGGGCUGCGUGUACCGGCGAACAAGAUGGACGAUAUGGGCGCUGGUGAUUUCGAGGCUGCGACGUCCGAGGCUAUCUCGUUACUGGUGGGCGAGGCUCAGCAUGGGUUGGUGAAGCCGAAGGAUGUGGUUUCGCAGCUGGAGAAGCAGAACUUGAAUCUGUACCUGUUCUUCUACCUGCGAGGUCUUUGGAGAGGCGAGGGCUGUCAGGAGCAUGGCAUCGAGAGCCGCGAUAGGCUUUUGGUAGAAACGAAAUCGCUGGUUGAUGACUUUGGAGAUCUUGCUGUGCGGUUGUUCGCUAUGUAUGAUCGCACACUCUUGAUGGAGUUCCUUCGGACGUCGCAAUCCUACGCCUUUGAAAAGGCCGUCCAAGAGUGCGAGCAGUACAAUUACGACGACGAACUCGUCUAUCUUUACUCAAAGACAGGCCAGAUGAGGCGUGCCCUCUUCCUCAUCAUCGACCGACUGCACAACGUCAAGAAGGCCAUCGAUUUCGCCAAGGAGCAAGAUGACCCCGACCUGUGGGAAGACCUGCUCACCUACAGUAUGGACAAGCCAAGCUUCAUCCGCGGUCUGCUCGAGCAAGUGGGGACAGCCAUCAACCCCAUCACAUUGGUGCGGCGUAUACCCGAGGGACUAGAGAUCGAGGGCCUCCGAGAAGGCAUCAGACACAUCAUGAAGGAACAUGAGAUCCAGUACUCGAUAAGCGAGGGUGUCGCGAGGGUGCUUCGAAGCGAAGUCGCAGCUGCGCAGAGAGAAUUGCGCAAAGGCCAGCAGAGGGGCAUCAAGUUCGAAUCGGUACCGAGCUCUGACGUCGUUUUGGAAUCGGAAGCCAGCGACGACGACGACUCCGCCACGGUGAAGGAGAUUGACAUCUUCUCCGAGCCUGCUAAGCCGGGCCACUGCUCAAAGUGUCAUAAGCCGUUCACGGACUUUGAGGUAGAGAGCCUCGUUGGCUUUGCCUGCGGGCAUGUGUUUCAUCUUUCACACCUGAUGGAAAUCAUACGGCCCGGCGCCGCGUUGGAAGCGCCGUUUAGCGUCGACGAGGAGGAUCGUGGGGGCAGGUAUCUUGUGGGGAUGAAGGUUACGCAUGCGAGGUUGCUGAAGGAUAGGCUGCGUGGGCUCCUCGUCAAGGCUCGAGUUGGCAUCUCGAGAGUCAGAAUGGUCGCCGUCUCACGUAUCAUUCCUGUUGUUCUCAUCCUGGCGACUCUCGUCCGCCCUAUUGUGAGCGAGAACGAGAACGGUAACCUCUACUUCUUCCUCCUCCCCACAUCUAUUGCGUCCAUCGUAGCCACAGCGAAGAAUGCCGAGAGCGCCGCCGCCCCCAACAACCCGUCCAACUCCCCGUCUAAGCGAACCACCCUCAACGACACCGCUGCCUUCGAGCAGAACCUGGCCAACGAAGCCAAAUACGUCCACGAAGUGAUUUACGAUCUCGCCGUCGUCAUGAUUCUCCUCUUUACUAUCGUUCAUUUUUUGUAG